AUGCCCAUCAUGGAGAGGCCCCAUGCUUCAGUCGCUAGUAUAACCGGAGCUACUCGCGUCAUCGUCAUAGUCCUUUCGACGUAUAAAGCGGCAGUACACUGCUGUCACUGCAAGGAAGAGGGAACAAUGCUCCACGACAUCUCUCCUCGAACGCAGAGGACGCUUGUGCUUGCCAAUUCCCUGAAAACCCCACGACCAGAGAAUAAAAAACAUAUCUCCAGUUGGGGAGAAGGGCCACAGCUAACCGGUCGCCUCAAACUGCAGAGGACGCCACGCAAAGGGAACAAGACCGUGGUAACGUCCUUCCAAGCCUUUUAUGGUCACCCUAGUAUGCCCUUUAAAAUGAAGUAUGAAGGCAACAACAAAACCGUUGAGUGGAAGGUGCCCCCCGACACUGUAGAUUACUCGAUCGUUUUACCCAUCUUUAUCGAUGGGCUCAGGGAAGUGCUCCCAUUGUACGAGACUGUAGCGCACGCAGGAGCUCUAGAGCUGAUCCGACGAGGUGGCGAUCGCCGCGUGGUACCUGUACUGCCUAAGCUCAUUCAGCCGUUGAAGCGGGCGUUGAAUAGCAGAGAUCCGCACACUCUGCGCAAGACACUAGAGCUGAUUCAAGUUAUGGUAAGAAGUGGCGAGAUGAUCGGCGAGGCUCUGGUGCCGUAUUAUCGACAGUUGUUGCCGGUGAUGAACAUGUUCAGAAAUCAGAGGAGCAGGAGAGGCGAUAUGGACUGCAGGCUGAAGAGGAAUAUUGGUGCUGUUGUAGAGGACACUUUAGGAGUUCUGGAAAAACGUGGUGGAGAAAAUGCGUUUAUUAAUAUCAAGUAUAUGGUGCCAACGUACGAAUCCCAUGUGCUCAACUAG